GACUGUCACAUCUUUCUCCCAAGAGCACCUGAUGGGUUCUAACCACAGACCUUUCAGUUAGCAACCCAGAGCUUAACCACUGAGCCACCAGGGCUCCUUAAUGUAAGUUUAGCACAUUGUUAAGGGACAAGUGAUAAUGCCUACUUAACCUUUAUCUGACUGGCCUGUCCUUAGUUUGACACAGAUAUAUUAAUUCAGGGCGUAAAAUGAUUCAAGUUUAAUAGUGACCUUAUAUGUUUCCUAAAACUCCAUAAAUGUGUUUUGAAUUGACUUCACUGUCUUAUGUCUUUAACUUUCUUAGGCCUUCCCCCUCAGUCUGAAUGCACUAAGGGCCAAACUGCAUGACUUCCAUGACUGCUGGCUUUUGUGUUAGACUGGCUAAUGUCUAGUCUCAAUAUUUGUCAAGUAAAGGUUAAACAUAUUGCUGAAGAUCCUCCUUGUAGCUGUUCUCAUCGAUUUUCCAUUGAGUACUUAUCUGAAGGACGGUACCGACUAGGGGAUAAAAUACUCUUUAUAAGAGUAAGUCCGCAAUUUAUAUUCUAUUUUAAGUACAAAUACUGUUUUGAAAUUGGGUUUAUUGCUUUUCCAACCUCCUUUUGCUUCCUUUUUACUUUUUUAAAAAUUGCAGUAGAGGGUGUUAUUAAGGGAAGAAUUUUACUGUACAGGAAAAAUAUAGAAUACUUGCAUAAGCCUUCUCCUUCCUUCCAGGCCCCUGCAAAAUUGACAAAAUCCAGUUCCAAAAGCACAGCCGCAAGGUCUCAGCCACCUGAUGGAGCCCCACAAGCAGGGGCAAACACUGCACAGAAACUGAAAUCAACCUUGAAUUUAAAUCAACCCAUUUGUAUGUCUUCAAUUUCUCCUGCAAAAGCUUCACAGGAACUAAAAGAUAAGCAAUUGGUUUCAGUUGCCAAAAAGCAGCCUCAGAAUAAAAGUACCCGCCAGCAGACAGGGCCCAGCUCCUCGAGGUCCCCUGGACGUACUCCACUGGCCAUCGUGAGUCUUCCCCAGUCUUCUGCCAAAACACAAACUGUAACAAAGUCAGCACAGACUGCCUCUAAGGGCCAGUGUUCAGCUGAAGGGCCUCCAAAAAGUGUCAAAGCCCCAGCUUCAACCAGGAAACCCCCCUCAUCUGGUAAGGAAGCAGUUAGUGGAGAUAAAAAACCAACUGCAAAGAAGAAGGAAGAUGAUGACCAUUAUUUUGUUAUGACUGGAAGUAAAAAACCUAGAAAAUAAAUACAUGCGUCAUUUUCAGGAAACAGAAGAGUGUUAGUUUCACAUCUUAAAAUUUUCUCCUAUUUGUGUUUGUCCAAAUAGGCGCAGAUAUUAAGUACAACAAGAUGAGGGUAGAGGUUGGGGAUAGGGCUCGGCGUUGGGGAACAGGGUGAAGAAUAUCUGAAUUCACUAGAAGGUUCCCUUUUCAGGCAAACAAUUAUAAAAUGGCCACAAGGUUCAUAUUAAUAAUAGAUUUUUGUAUGGUUUUCAAUCCAAAGCCUUGUUGUUAAUGUCUCCAUUGAGGAAAAUAUAAAAGU